AUGUCGGACCCAGCCCCACCUAAGCGAAGAAAUGCUGACAUUGGGGAGCUGUGGUUCGACGUCCGUGGUCACAUUCACCGCUUCGGCUUACAGUUCGAUAUGGCGCCAGCGGUGGAGUUGACUAGGACACCAUCCAAAUGGUUGCAGCUUUGCGUGCCACACCAGGGUGCUUGGUUGGACCAUCGAAUUUUCCUAAGGCACGUGAAGCUGCACCUGAAGAACAAGCACUGGAAGCGUUUAUCUGCGAUGAGGGACCAAGGCAAGUCCGCUCGCACCCUUAUUGGUGCUGGAAGCGGCUUACUUUCCCGGCCUCGCGGUAUAUGGGAAAGAGAUUAUCGCUUUGCAUUGGAUGGUCAUCUGAACCAGAUAUACAUUCACCGUGUGCUCAAGCGUCGACGUCUCCGUUCCCACGAAAAGUGCAGAACUCCUGGAUGCUCUCGGUCCGAGACAUGUGCGCAUGAUCACAACCACUGCUCUAGAACGAUGGAUGCUAUCCGUGGACGAUACGACGACGCCUUGAAGAUCAUCGAGCUUGCUAUUACUUCUUCGGCAAGGGCCUCGAAGGACCGUGUCGAGAUGCGCGUUAACCAGACGGUUCCUUCGCUUCCAGGUCCAGCGCUGCGGCCAGACUUACAGGUCUACAACCACACCUUGCACACUGUUUCGGUUCUAGAUCUAGCGGUGGCUUUCGAAGAGCAGAACGACGAUGAUCCAAGGACUUCUUCGCUAGCACGUAUCGCGGCCUUCAAAAAGGCCAAGUACGACUGCGUCAAGCGCCACCUGGAGCGUCAAGGCUGGACUGUCUCUCUUUCGGCGUUGAUUUAUGGCUCGCUCGGUGCUGUUGCUGGUGGAAACCUUGCAAAAUUUACCGACCACCUUAGGAUGCUCAAGCGCGAUGCGAAGCGGCUGAAUAGGCAAUUAUCUGUCGAAUUACGCACCGCGCAUGUCAAGGCCAAGGUCAAGCUCGCGAUCAUGGUCAAGAUCAUGUUCAAGGUCAAGCUAGAUUUCAAGGUCAAGAUGGGGUUUAAUUUCCAGCUGAGGUUCGAGACCAAGCUCGAAGACGCUCAAGAAUUAUCACGAAGGGCACUCGGGUGA